GUGACGAUUAUUACCGCUUCAUCGCCGGUCAGGCCUUUCUGUCUUCCUUUGCUUGUUUGUUGAACACUCCUCUAGUGAGAGCGAGUAUAUUAAACCCUAGAAAAUUCAAUCGAUCCAAAACUCACACAAAUAUACUCUCUCUAUAUAAUAUAUUAUACAAAAUAUAUAUACGCGUAUACAGAUAUACAUUCUCUCUGUACACACAGAUACAUAUACAUAUAUAUAUACUUUCUUUUUCUCUGUAGUGACUGAGCAAUGCCGGAAUGGCCCAGCACAGGCAAUCGGGCUUCGACAGAGUCGGCGUUCGAAGCCACGACUUCCACCAAGGGAACGGCUCUGUAGAUCACGUCUCAAUUGGGAUUCGUGGGCCUCCUCACAAGCAAUUCAGGAAUCGAAGGUUCAAGAGCCGCAAGGUCUCGAUCGGCGCUGUCAUUGUGGUUCUCUCUCUUGCUUUUGUCGCCUCUGUCUUAGCUUUCGUGUAUCUCUCCCGAGACAAAGAAAUAAAUGGUUAUCAUGACGACAGUGACGACUUGAGGAAUGAUCCUGAUUUUCUCACAAAUGUGACCCGGACGGAGAGUUUUAGAGUGCUUGAGUUUGGCCGUGGUUCAGGUGCACAGGGCAGGGAUUCACGGUACUGGGAUAGAGAUGAUAGGAGAAGGGAUGAAGAUUACAGUGAGGAUGUGUCAGAGCAUGUUAGCGAGGGUGCUAGGAGUGGGGUUAGUGAUAAAGUUCGGGAUCAAAUAAAAGGAAGAAAUGGUGAUAAGAAGUCUUCUGUUGAUGGAACUCAUAAAAGUUCGGAUCAUAAAGGUAUUGGGCUAUACAAUGAAGCUGGGCGUGAUGAACUGAAAAUGUAUGAAGCAGAAUAUGAGGCCUCUUUAAAGAAGGCUGGGCAAUCAAGAGAUGACAAUAGCAACCUGCAUCGGCUUCCUAAUGUGGGUGUGGGAAUUCAAAACAAGGAAGUGGAUGUUGAUGAUGAGUAUGACGAUGGUCUUGAUUCACAUGAUUCUACAUCGGAAGAUUAUGAUGGUAGUGAACAUGAAAAUGGGGACCACUCCGAUGUUGCAAAAUUCCACGGAGCAGAUAGUAGGGAGUCUUCUAAAGCAGUUGAUGCUAGAAUUAAAGAUGAGAAUAAUGCAGAGGAGGUUGAUGAAACUGCCACUGGUUUGUCCGACGAGCUACAUUCUGAAAAAUUAAAUGCAAAUACUGGGCAUGACAGUGUUCUUGAUGGUCAAUCUUCUAAAAGGUCUAGUUCUGAAAGGCGGUCAGCAUCCAAAAAGAAGUCAAAGCGACGCAGAACUUCUGGUUCUUGUGACAUGAAGUUUUUGAAUUCUACUGCAAAGCUUGUAGAGCCUUUAGAAAGUCGGAAAUUUGCAAGGUUUUCCUUGCAGUAUACAGGAUUUGAAGAGAAGCCUAAUGGACAGGAGCAUUGGGAGCCCAGAUUUGCUGGGCACCAGAAUCUAGAACAACGGGAAGAUUCUUUUUUUGCACGUGAUCAGAAAAUAAAUUGUGGCUUUGUAAAAGGUCCUAAAGAAUCCCCAAGUACAGGAUUUGAUUUGGCAGAGGACGAUGCAAAAUAUAUUAGUACUUGCCAUAUCGCUGUUAUUUCUUGCAUCUUUGGAAAUUCAGACCGCUUGAGAACACCAAUGGGUAAAACGGUCUCUCGUUUAUCAAGGAAAAAUGUAUGCUUUGUUAUGUUUGUGGAUGAAAUUACUUUGCAAACUCUUUCUUCUGAAGGCCAGAUGCCAGAUAGAAUGGGUUUUGUUGGUAUAUGGAAGAUUGUGGUGGUGAAGAAUCUGCCUUACACUGAUAUGCGGAGAGUGGGAAAAAUACCAAAACUUUUGCCACACCGACUUUUUCCUUCUGCAAGGUAUUCCAUUUGGCUGGAUAGCAAAUUACGGCUCCAACUUGAUCCUCUGCUCAUCUUGGAAUACUUCCUGUGGCGUAAAGGCUAUGAGUAUGCCAUUUCCAAUCACUAUGACCGGCAUUGCCUGUGGGAAGAAGUGGCCCAAAAUAAGAAGCUUAAUAAGUACAACCAUACUAUUAUAGAUCAUCAAUUUGCAUUCUACCAGGCUGAUGGACUAAAAAGGUUCAAUGCAUCGGACCCGAACAAGCUUCUUCCCAGCAAUGUACCUGAAGGGUCUUUUAUAGUGAGGGCGCACACACCAAUGUCGAACUUAUUUUCUUGUCUCUGGUUUAAUGAGGUUGAACUGUUUACUCCUCGUGAUCAGCUUAGUUUUGCAUAUACAUACCACAAGUUGAGGAGCAUGAAUCCUAGCAAACCUUUCUAUCUCAAUAUGUUCAAGGACUGUGAGAGACGUACCAUUGCUAAGUUGUUCCAUCACAGGUCAGAAGAGAGGCGGAAUAUUCUUCGACAUGUUACGGAGUAAUUUAUGCUCAUUAUGUCUAGUCUAGCUCUUGGGAAGAUGGUUCUAUCUGAUCUUACAUUAUGCUCGGCAACACUUUUUGGUUGCACCAAGGAGGUAUGCUGCAAACAUGUUGUAGAAGUGCUGGUUGUUGGAUCAUCCUACAUUGUAUAUUACAAUCGGAUGUGAAGGUCAGGCAGAUGCUCAAAUAAAUUCACACAAUUCAAUCAAUACACCUCAGGUUUGCUUGCUCCUUCCCUUUACGUUGAAAAGGAAGAAAACAAAGGGGGGGAAACAAAAAAAAAAAGCUCAGCAUCUUCAUUGUAUUCAUUAUAUUUUUCAUUCAUUUCAUUGUUUUGUGAGACAAGAUGAAGCACCCAAUACCUUUGUACCAAAACCGUCAAAGUGACCCCUCCUCGGACCAUAUAUUUUUACUCAUUAAAUGGGUGUCUUUUGUUGUUGUCAAUGAGAAUUUUGAUGAGGCUUUUCGAAGCUUGUACAAUAUUAUUGGUAAUUUGAAUA